GAUAUCUGUUUCUGUUAGAAAAUUUCCUUCACCGACGAUCUGAGCGAAUGCGAUCGGUGCAAGUGAAUACAUUUGAGCACACACACACACAAAGGUGUUUGUUCGCUCGCCACUGCAUCGCCGGCGAUCAAAUGGACGUCGAAAGAUCGUCUCUGUGCAAUUGCGUCGUGAAUUUCCUGUUGGAAGAGAACUACCUUUUAACGGCAUUCGAGCUUCUCCACGAGCUUCUAGAUGAUGGCCGCGACGACCAGGCCAUUCGCCUCAAGGAAUUCUUCGCCGAUCCAAUUCAGUUUCCUCCUGAUCAGAUCGCUCGUUUCAACUCGCUUCGAGUUACUGACCCCCAGACACUUCUGGAAGAUCGAGAAUCACUAGAAGAAAAAUUGGCACUUGCAGAGUAUGAUCUUCGUUUAGCUCAAGAAGACAUUGUGAAACUCAAGGAUGAUUUGCAGAGGCGAGCUCAUAGUGUCCUUGACCAAAAAAAUGAGUCAAAGGUACAUGUUUCUGAAAAACUUGAAAAUGAUUUUCAGCAGCAGAAAAGGGAAGCUUCUUUCUCUGAUUUGGGUCCUUUGAAGGAUAAUGAGCGUAAAUAUCUAAACUGUGCUGUAAAGGAGUAUCUGUUGAUAGCAGGAUACCGUUUGACUGCCAUGACAUUCUAUGAAGAGGUGACUGACCAGAGCUUAGACGUUUGGCCAAACUCAUCUGCAUGUGCCCCAGAUGCUUUGCGCCAUUACUACUACCAGUACCUGUCUUCCUCCACAGAAGCUGCUGAGGAGAAAAUAACUAUGAUUAGAGAAAAUGAAUCAUUGAUAAAAGAAAAUGAAAGGCUGAAACAUGAAAAGCAGGCAUUGUUUAAGAGUAAGGAAAUGGUUGAGGCCCGCGUCAUGUCCCUGCAGAAGGAUAUUAAGGACAAGGAGAAUCUGGUCCAAAACUUAAAGCAAUCUCUGGAUGGAAAAAGGAAAGAACUGAAUGACUGUAGAGCUGAAAUAACUUCACUAAAAAUGCAAAUUGAAGAAGCUCAUUCUCAACAGAAUCUAUUAGCCAGUACUUCUGAAAUAUAUGAAUCACCUUCUGUUGAUGGGUACAAUGAAGAAAUGAAGUUGCUGGUGAAUGAAAUUCAGAGUUUGAAAGCCAGUCAUGAGGAGAGAAAUGCAGAGGAAAAAGAUGAAGUUGGAGGAUUACAUGAUUACAAUAUUCCAGAAUGUAGAAAUGGUCUCUCAUUGAGUGAUUUGAGAACUGAAGAUUCUCAACUUCUGAUAGAUCAGACCUCAGAAGUUGUCAAGAAACCUGAGGAACUAUCAGUGCCUUUAGUUGACGAUAGUCUUCCUGAAAAACCUGAAAAUUUUACUGCUUUUAAUGGUGAAGUACCCACAGAAACAAAUUCACCAGUUGUAAAACCAGACAGUCUAGUGGCUGAACCCAUUCCUGAAAAGAUGGGUUUGGGGACUAUUCAGAUACUUUCAGAUUCAUUGCCUAAAAUUGUACCUUACGUUUUGAUAAACCAUAGGGAGGAGCUCCUUCCUUUGAUAAUGUGUGCAAUUGAGCGCCAUCCAGAAAGCAGCACUCGUGAUUCCUUGACUCAUACAUUAUUCAAUUUAAUCAAGCGUCCAGAUGAGCAGCAGAGGCGGAUUAUAAUGGAUGCUUGUGUUACACUUGCCAGAAAUGUUGGAGAGAUGAGAACAGAAACAGAACUGCUUCCUCAAUGCUGGGAACAAAUCAAUCACAUGUAUGAGGAGCGCAGGUUGCUGGUUGCUCAAUCAUGUGGAGAGCUCGCUGAAUUUGUUCGCCCAGAGAUUCGUGAUUCCCUUAUCUUGUCCAUUGUGCAACAGCUGAUAGAGGAUUCUGCAACAGUUGUUCGAGAGGCUGCUGCCCACAACCUGGCUUUGCUGCUGCCCCUCUUUCCAAAUACGGACAAAUAUUUCAAGGUUGAGGAGAUGAUGUUUCAAUUGGUCUGUGAUCCAUCUGGAGUUGUCGUAGAAACAACCAUGAAAAAACUAGUUCCAGCUCUGGUAAAUUGGGGGAAAAGUUUGGACCAUAUAUUACAACUUUUGCUCUCUCAUGUCUUGAGAUCAGCUCAGCGGUGCCCCCCUCUUUCAGGUGUUGAAGGCUCCAUUGAAUCACAUUUUCGAGUUUUAGGUGAAAGAGAGCGCUGGAAUAUUGACGUCCUGCUGCGGUUACUGGUAGAGUUGCUUCCACUUGUCCACCAAAAAGUUCUCGACACUUGUCCUUUCCCUUCAGUCUCAGACACUAAUAUAAAAGUUUUCUCAACCUCCCUGCUUGAACUUUACGCAGAGGGAAAGACAGAGUGGCCCUCAUUUGAGUGGUUGCAUAUUGACUGCUUUCCUGUAUUCAUUGAAUUGGCAUCUUUAUUACCUCAAAAGGAAGAUAAUUUGAGAAGUCAGAUAACAAGGAUCUUACUAGAGGUAUCAAAUCGCUUUGGGGAACCUUAUCUUUCCCACAUCAUGCUUCCUGUAUUCUUGGUAGCAGUUGGUGAUAAUGGUGAUUUGACAUACCUGCCAAAUAAAUCCCAAUCAAAAAUAAGAAGUUUGAGUCCAAAAACUGCUAUAGCGGAGAGACUUGCUACAAUUUGUGUCCUACCUCUUCUCUUGGCAGGUGUUUUGGGCUCCCCUACCAAGCGGGAACAAUUGACGGAAUACGUGAGAAAUUUGUUGAUGCAGAGUUCAGAACCAGAAAGACAAAUUGCGAAGCAUGAGAUUUUCAAUUCUGUUCGCUUCCUUUGCACGUAUGAACAACAUCAUUAUAUGAUUUUUAACAUCCUCUGGGAAAUGGUACUGAGUUCCAACAUUAGAAUGAAAACAGAUGCUGCCAAUGUUUUAAAAGUUAUUGUCCCAUAUGUUGAUGUUAAGGUUGCCUCAUCUCAUGUUUUGCCUGCUCUUGUAACACUUGGUUCUGACCAAAACUUGCAUGUGAAAUUUGCAAGCAUUGAUGCGUUUGGAGCUGUAGCACAACAUUUUAAAACUGAUUCGAUUGUUGACAAAAUCCGUGUUCAAAUGGAUGCUUUUAUUGAGGAUGGGUCACAUGAAGCUACAAUUGCUGUAAUUCGUUCUUUGGUGAUUGCUGUACCACAUACAUCAGAUACACUUCGAGAUUAUCUGCUAUCCAAGAUCUUCCAGUUUUCAGCUGCACCACCCCCUUCAAAUGAUGUGAUGCGUCGUCGUGAGAGAGCAAAUGCAUUCUGUGAAGCAAUUCGUGCACUUGAUGCUACAGAUCUUUCUGCUGCUAGUGUGAGAGAUGUCCUGAUGCCCACAAUUCAGAACGUACUCAAAGACUUUGAUUCUAUUGAUCCAGCACACAAAGAAGCUCUUGAAAUCAUAUUAAAGGAAAGAUCCGGUGGUACAUUGGAUACUAUAAGUAAGGUGAUGGGUGCACAUUUGGGAAUUGCUUCAUCCGUAAGCAGCUUCUUUGGUGAAGGUGGUUUAUUAGGAAAAAGAGAAAGCGGGGAUCCAUUGCCAAUUGUAACAGAGCCGGUGGAGCCAUUGAAGUCAGCGUCACUGCCAUCACCAACUGAAGACACGAGAUUGAGGCGGAUCAUGAGGGGCGGUUUCACUGACAUGCUUAGGGGCAAACAAAAGGGUAACGACGAAAUUCCACCAACCCAAUGACUCCACAAGUUCCAUUGAUAUCGGAGUAGAAACAUUUUAUUUUUAUUUUUAUUUUUAUUUUUUUAAAUAUAGGGAUCUAAUGGCGACGUUGCAAUUUUUGGUUUUUCUUUUUUAUUCAUAUCAUAUUAACGCGCCGCACUGCUAUAGGCACUUUGCUGUGGUAUUCAAUUGAUUUUUUUUCUUUGUUUUACACUUACCCCCUGAUUCCCUGAAGACAAGAAUUCUAUAAUUGAAGAAAAUUCGUAUUUAUGUA